AUGGCAGCCAUCAAAACGUCCUUGAUCCUGUUCCUUGAAAUUUAUGCUGCAUAUGGUAAACUUAAUACAUUUGCAAUUUUUUCAAAUGAUGAUAAUUUUAAUUUUGAUAUGGACCACCAAUCAACUCAAGAAACUGAGGUAAUAGAAAACCUCGAAGAAGCUAGUGAUGCUGUAAAAUCAAUAGUACUUGAAAAUCAUGAAGAAAAUGAGACAGCAGUUCAUGGUGAUCAAAGAGUUUGGGUGAAACCUUCUGAUGAAUUGUUUACAGAUCAAAUUAAAGAAGAAAUAUCUGAAUGUGAGUACCAAACUAUUAUUGAUGUUAAAGAUGAAAUAGAAGAAAUAGAAGAAGAAGAAGAAGAAGAAAAAGAAGAUAUCAAACUACAACCAGCAAUAGUAUGUAAACCAAUUCAACCACUUCCACCACCACCACCACCAGCAAUCGACAUUCAAGUAAAAAAAGUUGCCUUACCAAGACUUAAUUUCAAAACAGUGAAAAAGCCUAGAGGACCAAUGGGUCGUAGACCCAGACCUAUAUUGCCCAUGACACAACCUAUAGCUUCUGCAAGUACUUCACACUUGGAACAGACCUCAACUCAACAUCAGAUAAUUAUGCCUUCACCUCAAAUGCCUGGGAUUGCUUAUCAAAUUUUUCUGGGCGAUCAUGGUAAAAACUCAAACAAUCCUGUUCAGUAUACAAUGUUACAGCCACGACCAUUGUUUUUACAACAAACUUCGACACCUGUUAGUACUCCUUCAUCAGUGAUGAUUAGCCAAUCUUAUCCAGUAACUCCUAAAAUUCCCAAAAUUGCUCCUAAGAUCAGUCAAAGCUAUUGUUCAUUUUGUUAUAAACUUUUUAAUAAUGUAAAGGAACAUGUUAAAGAAUGUUGGGCUAAUCCAGCUAGUAAAAGCUAUAAAUUCAGAAAAAUUGCGCCGUCUACUCCUUUAUAAACAAUUUCAUUAGAAUGAUAUGUAAUAUUAUUUAUUUUUAUAGUUUUUUUAUUUUACAAUUUAUUAAUU